AUGUCCACCGUGGCGAGACUGAUGUCGCCGCAAGCUCAAAGACUGAAGCAUACCCUGACCGCGAGUGGAAAAGUUCGGAAGGAGGUCGCUUUGCCUAGCCAGGAUACCCCAACUGGCAUGGUCCAAUACGCACUGACGACACUCGAUAAAGUCGCCAACUGGAGCCGCGCGAGCUCCCUCUACCCGAUGACCUUCGGUCUUGCCUGCUGCGCCGUGGAAAUGAUGCAUGUCGCUGGACCGCGGUACGACGUUGAUCGCCUGGGCCUUUUGUUUCGUGCUUCGCCAAGACAGUCAGACCUUAUGAUUGUCGCAGGCACCCUCACGAACAAAAUGGCACCAGCACUUCGUCAGGUUUAUGAUCAGAUGCCCGAGCCACGAUAUGUCAUCAGCAUGGGCAGUUGUUCAAACGGCGGAGGCUAUUAUCAUUAUAGCUACUCCGUUGUCCGCGGUUGCGAUCGGAUUGUGCCGGUUGAUGUCUACGUUCCCGGAUGUCUUCCAACCGCCGAAGCCUUGAUUUACGGGGUUUUCCUCAUUCAGAAGAAGAUACGGGGGACUCAGGUAACGCGUAUGUGGUACAGGCGUUAG